GAGAGAGAGAGAGAGAGAGAGAGACUUGAGUACAUACAGUCAGUUGUGGAUCAGUCAUACUGAUGCAUACACGACUAGCGCACACAGACAGAAUGGGUAACGCUUGGUUUCUGUGCACCGUUCUGCUUAUAUUCACCUUACCUGAAGGAUGGUUUAAACCUGUUAUUGUCCCUGAUGCCCCUCAUCUGGUGAUACUUAAAGGUGAACAACUACAACUUAGUUGUUAUGACGUGGGAGAGGGAAACACGGGCGGGGUGCGAUGGCUGCGAGAUAAAGGCCGGAGGAUUGAUGGAGAACGCGAGGAAGACGGAGCCAGCGUCAUCUCCAUCACCUCCACACAGAUGCAGCAUAUGGGUCGCUAUAUCUGCGAAAACACAAACACAAGCGCAAAAACCUCCAUCUACAUUUAUGUGAAAGACUUAGAAAAUGCAUUUGUGCGCUCCAUGUUGAACGGCCUUCUUGCGAAGGAAGGAGAGAACUGCACCCUUCCGUGUUUGGUAACAGAUCCAGCUGUCAAUCAACUGUCUCUGCAGACCUGCGCUGGCUCCGCCCUCCCAGAUGGACUCACCUACACCACGCAUCCUCAGAGAGGCAUCACCAUCAGAAACGUCUCCAAGGCUUUCGAGGGAUGCUACGUUUGUGCAGGGGAGAUGGAUGAAGUACCCGUGAGGUCAAGCGAGUAUAACCUGGACGUUCGACUAGUUCCAGAGACGGUGCCAGUACUCAGCCUAUCCAGAUCAGAAAAUGAAAUACUGAUUCAGGAUCAGGUGUUUGAACUUACCUGUAGUACCAGCAACAUCAACCAUGAUUUUCACCUGAGCUGGAGCCUCCCCACUGAAGCGGUAGCAAAGGAGAGGCACAACUCUCACAUCCUGAUUGGUUCUCGAGGAUAUCAGCGAUCGAUAACAGUUUGGAUCGAAUCUGUGAAAAUGAGCGACUCUGGAGUUUACCGCUGCCUGGCGCGAAAUGAGAGGGGCGUCUCCACGGCAACGGUCAAUUUGGAGGUUUAUGAACACGGGUUCAUUAACCUCACUGAGGGAGAGGACCAUGUGGUGAAAGUGAGAGAGGGGGAGAGUCUGACUCUGAGCGUGGAGAUGACAUCAUACCCCAAACCCAGUGAUGUCAACUGGACUUACAACAACCAACAGCUCAAAAACACAUCCGAGCACGUCAUUACACUACACAACCAGCAGUACAGAUACACCAGCGAACUGAGACUGGUUAGAGUUCAUGGAUCAGAGGGUGGAAUCUACACUUUCUCGGCCAAUCACAACUAUACAUCUGUCAAUAAGUCAUUCACUGUCCACGUUAUAUGUAAACCUGUAAUUGUUACCCAGGACGGGCCGGUUGAUGGACAGGUGAGGUGCGUGGCUUCCGGAUAUCCUGUCCCUAAAAUAUCUUGGUAUUACUGCGAGCCUCCACUUACACGGUGCUCCCACCUGCUGAAUUCAACGCAGGCAGAUGAGGAGGUUGCCGUAGUAACCGUGUCCGGGUCCGAGUUCGGACGGAGCGAGGUGGAAAGCCGACUUAAUAUCAGCAAAGGAAAAUAUCACACUCUUGAGUGUGUGGCGUCCACACAGGGCGAACAGGCCUACACCUUGUUUUCGAUCAGUGAAAGAACUGUGCCCCAUAAACUCUUCACGCCUCUGCUGUCUGGUGUUGUCUCCACUGCCGUUCUGCUCAGCCUCAUUCUUGUGGUUCUGCUUUACAAAUACAUGCAGAAACCAAAAUAUGAGAUCCACUGGAAGGUGAUAGACAGUUUUGAUGGGAACAAUUACACCUACAUAGACCCUACACAGCUGCCGUAUGACCCCAAAUGGGAGUUUCCACGGGAAAGACUCCGCUUUGGUAAAAUUCUCGGCUCUGGAGCUUUUGGUAAAGUGGUAGCAGCUACAGCAUAUGGACUCUGCUCAGCAGACACAGUGACCACCGUUGCUGUUAAAAUGUUAAAACCGAGCGCUCACUCCACUGAGAAGGAGGCUCUUAUGUCUGAGCUGAAGGUUUUGAGUUACCUUGGUAGCCACAUUAACAUUGUCAACCUGCUUGGAGCCUGUACAGUAGGAGGCCCCACUUUAGUGAUCACAGAGUACUGUUGCUAUGGUGAUCUUUUGAACUUCCUUAGGAGAAAGAGGGAUGCGUUUUUUAGUUCCAAAACCGGAGACGGAUACUACAAAAAUUUGCUCAGCCAAACACAGCCUUCAAGUGAAGGGAAUGAAAAUGGAUACAUGCCCAUGAGGUCCUAUCAGAAGAGAUCAAAUCAGACAGAAUGGUGUGAUGAUAAAGAUGAUCUCUCUUUGGAUACCGAGGACCUGCUCAGCUUCUCAUAUCAAGUUGCUAAAGGCAUGGACUUCCUAACCUCCAAAAAUUGUGUCCAUAGAGAUCUGGCAGCCAGGAACGUUUUGCUGACUCAGGGUCGACUUGCAAAGAUAUGUGAUUUCGGUCUGGCACGUGACAUCACUCGAGACUCCAACUAUGUCCUGAGAGGAAAUGCACGUCUCCCAGUGAAAUGGAUGUCUCCAGAGAGUCUUUUUGCUUGCGUGUACACGUUCGAAAGUGACGUCUGGUCCUACGGCAUCUUACUUUGGGAGAUCUUCUCUCUGGGUAACACACCAUAUCCUGGGAUUCAAGUUGGAUCCACUUUCUAUAAGAUGAUACAAGAUGGAUACAGAAUGAGCGAGCCUGAGUUUGCCCCAAGUGAAAUUUAUGAGGUGAUGAGAUGGUGUUGGAGUGUUGACCCUCUGAAGCGUCCGACCUUCAAGAAGCUGGUGGAACGAACUGAACUUCUGCUGUCAGAAACCACCAAACAUGAUUACCUGAAUCUCAGUACUAGUGGCAGCUGUGAGGCAUUUGUUCCUCCCAACCUGCAGAGGGCGCAGCGUCUGAGUUCGAUAGGCAGCUCUACAGCCUCGACUCAACCUCUGCUGCAGGCCACCAAUGACGUUUUCCUGGAACCACAGAUUGUAUAAUUAAUUUGUGUAGUUUUCUCACAGGUUUGACCUGAAGAAAGCCAAUGGCCUUAUCUUUCUUUAAGUUCUGUCAUUUUUUUUCUUAUUGUCGCUUGGAGUGUUUUGUUUUUCGCGACUUUACUCUUUCAGUAUGUUUAAAAGAGUUUAAGCUCAGCAUGUCCCGCCACGUAACUCCUAGUAGUUGUUAAAGUGCGUUCCUCUAAAUUGGAUUCUCAGCCUUUCGUUUUCGUUCAUCGAACGUUUCAAGUUCUUAAAUUCUUGCGAUUUCCCGUCUCAACCAUAUUAGAGUAUUGAGCUACACACUGCACAAUGCAUUUUACAGCAUCUCAAGGGCCACAUUUUUAAGAUGCCUUGUUGAGUUAAACUAAAGUCCCUUUUGAAAAGUCGCAUCACCAGGCGGCCAUCUUUGCAAAGACUUAAAUCCCAUCUGUUUGAAUGGGGAAAAACAGCAAGUCACAAUUAAACAACAUAUUUCCAACCAACAAUUAAACCUGACAUAAACUGUCCCCAACUUUUGCUUUUCAAGCUCAAAGUUCCAUUGAAAAAAGUUGUUUUAGUUACUUUGCAUGCGCACAGGUUGACAAACGCCUUACGCGAGUCUGUACUGAUUGAUGAUUGGUUCAUGUAACUGGAAGGCGGGACUUCCAUCGCCAGAGCGGCCAUAUUGAGUGUUGCACUGUCCCCUAUUCAUAGUACACUGCAAAAAUUACUUUCUUACACAGCAAAACAAUUAUUUUCAAGAAAAAAAUUCUUAGUAUUUUUGUCUUGUUUUCAGUAAAAACAAUUUAAGUGAUUUUAUGCAUAAAACAAGGCAAAAAAUCUGCCAAUGGGGUAAGCAAAAAAAAAUCUUGAACAUUUUACUUGAACAUAAGGGUGUCACGAUUUCGAUUUUAAAUCGAAAUCGAUCGAAAUUAAGUCACAACCUUGAACUUCGAAUUAAAAAAUGGGAUCGUCGAUGCUGCCACGCCCCCAUGUCACGUCCGGUCGGCUUGCCAAGCGGGGGAAAAUAAACUCUCAGAAGUGCCUUUAAAAACAUCCAUCCAGCGGAACGCGAUUUAUAUUUUAAACACGAGGGAUGUAUUGCUACAACUCCUUGAAAUGCAUAUCAUAAACAGGAUUACUACCUAGUGAUCUACCUUCGGACAGAGCGCAGCUCUGCAGGUGCACGAGAGAGCCGCAAAGAUGCAGCGGGUUAUAUUUUAAACAACAGGUAUAAUUUGCCUCAGCUCACAUGGAACGCAUGAAACUGAACAAAUACGUAAGGAUUAUUACUUUAGUUUAUGUUUAGACUUUGGACAAAUGCGAGAGCGCGUGCACGUGAGACAGAGAGAAGCGCAGCUGCUUAUGACGCACCGGUUUUAUUACAUAUAAUAGGAGUCCAAGACGCGCGCAUUAAGUCUAUCUGCGUGCAAGAAGGAAUUCUCUCUCUACAAGCUCUCUCGCGUAAAGUAAAGCCCACAAACCCCCAUGCGAGGAAAAGCACGCAAUGUGCAUGUUAAUGUGUAACUAUAAUAAUAAUAAUAAUAAAGGCAAAAAAUAAUUUAAAAAUCAAGAAUCGAAUUGAAUCGUGAGAUCAGAAUCGAAAAUGUAAUCGAAUCGAGGAUUUGGAGAAUCGUGACACCCCUACUUGAACACUAAAUUCAAGAAAAAUGUAAGAAAAAUUUGCUUACCCCAUUGGCAGAUUUUUUUUACUUUUUUUAUGCACAAAAUCACAUCUUAAUUUAAGUAUUUUUAGAUAAAAACAAGACUAAAAUACUAAGAUUUUUUUUCUUAAAAAUAAUUUUUUGCAAUGUAGUCUUGUUUAAAGGCGGAGUUCACGAUGUUUGAAAAACGCGUUGGAAAAGGAGACGGGCCGACUACCAAAACACACUUAUAGCCAAUAAAAUCAAAUCAAAUGCCGGGUUGCGUAUGUGUGGGGCGGGUCUAUCAACAGAAGGUCCAGAUUCUAUUGGGGUAGGGGCGUGUUUGUUUAGGUGAUUUCAAAUAUCAACAUUGGCUUUCAAACAUCAUGGACUCCGCCUUUAAGCUGAAUUUUCAAAAAAUUCUUAAAUUAAAAUGCUUUUUCUUGAUGAGCAAAAUGACCUAAGAAAAUAAGUCUAGUUUUAAGACAAAAAAUAUACAAUUUAAGUGAAAUUGUGGUUAAAACAAGCAAAAAUAUCUGCCAAUAAAAAUCUUGAAAUAAGUUUACUUUUUCUUAAACAUUUAAUUCAAGAUUUUUUUUGCAUCUUGUUACACUGCAAAAAAUGACUUUCUUACUUAGUAUUUUUGUCUUGUUUUCAGUAAAAAUAUUUAAAAAUUCUUAUAUUAAGAUGACCAAAAUGACCCAAGAAAAUAAGUCUAGUUUUUAGACAAGAAAAUAUAAAAUUUAAGCGAAUUUGUGCUUAAAACAAGCAAAAAAAUCUGCAUUGAGUGUUUAUGAAAAAAGUAAACUUAUUUUAAGAAAAAUAUUCUUACUCCAUUGGCAAUUUUUUUUCUUGUUUUAAGCACUAAUUUACUUAAAGUUUAUAUUUUUUUGUCUAAGAACUAGACUUAUUUUCCUAGGUCAUUUAGCUCAUCAAGAUUUUUACUGAAAACAAGGCAAAAAUACUAGGUAGGAAAGCCAUUUUUUGCAGUGUAUAUUUGAUUAUAUAUCCCCAACGUAACAAGGGCAAAAGCAAAUCGUGGUACGAAUUAAUACGAAUUAGCCACCUCGUAAAAUUGGCCUGUCACAUUGUUGCCUACAGUGUACUAAAUAUUUUAAGCAAAGAAAGCUGCCUAUUUACGGUAUAUACAGUUCUAACUAUGUCAUAAAUAAGAUUAAAACCCUGUGCUGCACCACCUGUGACUAAAUACAGCUGUGCUCUAUUGCAUUGUAAUGAUUUACGUAGAUUACAGCAACCAUGGCAUUAUUGUGACAGGCAGUGAGCCUGUUAACAUGAAGCAUUUAGAUAUAUGUGACCUUAUCAAAUAACUAACUUGAAUGAUGACCUCAUAAGGAUUGGUGUGUCAUUACUGGCCGUUAUUCUUGACUGCUUGCAGGUGCUUCAUUAGACUGCACACUAACAUAGGUCAGUGUUAAAGAUUUUGAUCUCUGCUUAACACGUCAAUAUCUUAGGCACUUAAGCAAGUAAUGACAAAUAUCAGCUAUCUUCAGCAUGUGUAAUUAUUACUCCCUCAAUGGCUGUUAGAAUGCAUUAUUGAUUCGAAUGCUAGAUUGUAUCAUUGUGGAAUUUCCACCUCAGCUACCUACUAGUAUCGUUGGAUUUGUUUACGGUAAUUUUUUUGUAUUUUUGAUUUUGACAUUGAAUUGUAAAUACUGCAUAUGUAUAUACAUCAAGACAUCAAUAAGAGGUUUGUUGCUAUGUAAAACUGAGAAUAAUGUUUGGAUUGCACAUCAGCGUUUGUUGAAAUAACUUAAACUGGGUACUAGUCUUUGACUAAGGUGGCUAGCUAAAGUUUCAGGAUUGGACAUAAGCAAUUUCAAAGUUAGCUUGGUAUGGCUUUUCCAACUUGUUUCUUGGCAGACUAACUAUUCUAUAUUCUAGGUCUAUACCAAGCUAUUCCCGCUAAGAUGGAAAUAUCCACUAAUAUAUAACUUAUCAACAUAAGCCACAUUCAAAGAAUAGGACCUGAUCUCAAAAAAAGGUAAUUAUAUGAAAUGUUUUUGAAUGUUUACUGUGACAAAUGACUUGAAAUGAGAUUUUAGAUUUGACUUUGUAAAUAUCUGAUGUGUUAUUUUUUCAACUUUUAGAGGGUUAUUUCUGAAGGAAAGGGGUCGGAAGGGAAUGAUGUAACCGUUUUGAUAUAGACUGAAUAAAAAAGUGAUGAAUGAC